ACACCCUCAUGCUUAACUCCAUAAACCUCACCGCAUUUUGCUGCUGCCGCAGUUGUUGUGGCGCACACGGUGAACAGAGAGGUAUGCUUCGUUUGGGGCGAUUCUGUCGGGUCCGGUGACGUUUUUUUUUUUACGCAGCGAUCACCGAACGCGUUUCUCUUCAGGCAAAAAAACAAACAAAAAAACAAAAACUAAGCAAGAACCGGAAUGUUAUCACUCACCCUGUCGUCGGUUUCCACAGAGCAGUGAAGACGCUGCUCGUUUACCAUGAGCUGUUUGGAUGUUAUGUACCCAGCCUAUGGACAUUACGCAGCGUACGCCCCGACUGUUCCUGCUUUAAUCAACAGCUUACAGGCUCCCACAGGUCUGAGCAGCGCUUCUCUCUGCCGGGAUUUUAUGGACACUCCUAGGGGUCCUGAGGGGAUGCCUGGGGGCCCAGGCACUGGAGGAUCAACUUCCUCCUUAUCUUCAUCCAACUCUUCCUCUUCCUCCUACACGCCUGCAGCUUUAAGGCCAGAGGAGGGCCCCAAGGAGAAGCAGGAGGCCCCUGAGGCAGAAUACCUGACUUCCCGCUGUGUCCUCUUCAGCUACUACCAUGGAGAUAUCAGCAGCGUGGUGGACGAGCACUUCUCCAGGGCCCUCAGCUCCUACAUGGACGGGGAGGGCAAACGGCGGGCACCAGACCAACAGGGCGCAGAUACCCCUUCAUCUAGCAGUCGACGGAGCUUCCCCCCAUCCUUCUGGGACAGUAACUACUCUUCGCCACAGAGCCGCUCCCACUGCGAGACGAGUGCGCCCUCCUAUUCCAUGGACCCAUACGCAUCCGGGUUGCACCCCGGCCUGCCGCACCCACACGCUCACCCUCACCCCCACGCUCACGCCCACCCACACCCUCACCCACCAGAGGGCUGGGGAUAUCCCCAAGCGCCAGCCUACGGCCACCCACGGCCUCUCCACGAACUGUAUUCACCGUCAGCUUUGGAGCCCCAUUAUGGGCCCCUGCUGAUGCCCACAGUGAGGCCACCUCAUCCCCUCGCCUUGCCGAGCCACUAUGACAUGAGCAAGCUGGAGCCCACUGCCUCCUGGCCCGGCCUGCUUCCGCCCGGAGACGUGAGCCAGGCGCUGACACUCAACAUGGACGCAGGCCUCCAGCAGCACAAGAAAGGCAAGGAGCUGUACUGGUUCUAACGAGCCCUUCAGUCACAUUGACCAGCCAUUACCAGAUCCAAUUAGUCCCUGGACCUGCUCCGCUAUUGAAUCAGCGUGUCCCUUAACUCCCCCACACACACACACACACUCCAUCCCCGUCUAUCCACCCCCUUCUCCCGGCUCUUGGCCUCCCCUGCCAGCACACAGCCUUGCUCCAGGUCGACGUGUGUGCACCAUGGAGAUAAAGCAGGGAGAGAGACAGAGACGCCGAGUGUCACUGUUUGCAGUCUCUCUCUCUCUCUCUCUCUCUCUCUCUCUCUCUCUCUCUCUCUCUCUCUCUCUCUCUCUCUCUCUCUCUCUCCCUCUCUCUCUCUCUCUCUCCCCCCACGCUGCCGGUGCAGCACAGACCUUGGCAAGGUGUUGGCCACAGUGACCUGUUUGGACCGAGAGAGACCGGAUCACAACAGACCAAGCAGGGAUUCCCUCCAACGUCCCUGGUUAUCUCUGCCUGGUUCUCUUUGUUGGUACAGCGGUUGUCAUCAUCCAUUUAUCUGUAUUUCACAAAUGCAGCAUGCAGCGAUAAACAGGAGCAGCAAUUAUGGUGGUUCAUGCUUUGUGACUGUCAUCGCGAUGCCUUUUUGGUUGUUAUUUAAUGUUUCUGAAAUAAAGUGUUUCUAUUUAUUGGUGUCCUAAAAUGUUUGGUUAGGCCAGUGAUCUCAAAUGAUUGUGAUUCAGUUUGUUGUGUUUUAUAAAAGGUAGAGGCGCUAGAGAUGACCAUACAAUGUUUAUUUUGGUGGAUAUUAUCAUCAUUCUGGAAAAAAGUGUUCAGUUCAACAAGUACCUGUUUGCUGUGAACAGACUCAAAUCUUGUGAUCGUUCAAUUUAAUAAUGUUCUAUUGCCGAACUUUAUAUCUCUGUUUCAUUAUUAGAUGUUUUGAAUUUGGGCUUUCUAAAUACUUCUGGCUUGGCCUUGUGUCCAAGAGGAUUUUGAUGUCAAUAAAUAGUUUUAUGGUAAAAUGG